AUGAUCAACGCAUUUCUGGUCUUUAACGGCCAGGGUCAGCCUCGGCUGACCAAGUUCUAUACUCAGCUGGAGACGAGCAUGCAGCAACGUCUGAUUUCCGAGAUCUUCACCCUCGUCUCAAAUCGGCCGGCCGGAUCCUGCAACUUCCUCCCGCUGCCUCCGCUGCUCGCUGCCUCGGGCACUUCACACUCAUCGUCGGAAGAGGAGAACGACGUUCCCUCCCUCGUGACCUACCGCAACUAUGCAACCCUCUACUUCAUCGUCAUCUCCACAUCCACAGAGUCACCGCUUGCCCUGAUCGACUUGAUACAAGUCUACGUCGAGGCCCUCGACAAGCUUUUCGAAAACGUUUGCGAGCUAGACCUCAUAUUCAAUUUCGAAACGCUACACUCAACACUGGGCGAGAUGAUUGUGGGAGGAGUGGUUAUUGAGACAAAUCUCGAUCGCAUUGUCUCCGGAGUACGAGCGCAAGGUACCGUGGCCAAGAGACCGGUCAACGAAGGGCGUAGCGCAGGGCUGGGCAGUGGACUGGGCAUGGGAGGUAAUUUUGUCUGGCAUGGACGUUGA